AUGUUGCAGUAUGAUUACAGUGACCGCAAUAUGAGCUGUGUUUCUCUUACUGUUUCCAUUGGGCUUAAAACAAUAGGAUUAGAAAAAAGUUUAUACAUGUUUCUUUCUCAAUGCAACGCACAACAAAACAAUAGAUUUUACUUUCUGCCCAUAAAUGUUGGACCAUUCAUUGACAAAGAAAUGUUGAUUGUAGGUGUCGUAGAUGUCUAUGGCCUUCCAGAUCCCUAUGGCCAUCUUGUUUCACAAGUUGAUAGUACUAGCUAUCAGAAACAGAAACAGUGGAUUUCUUUUCAUGGGAAUUCAAUAUCGACUACAAAAUACAACUUUUUCACCUUUCUGCCUAAAGGAUUAUUUGAACAGUUCAGACGGGUGGCUAAUCUCUACUUUCUUACAAUCUCAAUUUUGUCAACCACCCCAAUUAGUCCUGUCUCUCCAAUAACUAAUGUGCUUCCUCUAUCUUUGGUGCUUCUCGUUUCUCUUAUUAAGGAAGCUUUUGAGGACUGGAAACGUUUUCAAAAUGAUAUGUCCAUAAACAAUAAUGUGAUAUAUGUUUUACAAGAUCAUAAGUGGGCGCCUAUGCCCUGGAAAAAGUUGCAGGUCGGAGAUAUUAUCAAGCAAUGUAUCAAUGAAGAUGUUGAAAAGGACGAUAUAAAUGAUGAAAUUCAAGAGGACGACAUAAAUGAUAAAAUUCAAGAGGACGACCUAAAUGAUAAAAUUCAAGAGGACGACGUAGAUGACGAAUUUCAAGAGGACGACAUAGAUCUAGAUGAUGAAUUUCAAGAGGAGGAUAUAGAUGGUGAAUUUCAAGAGGACGACGUAGAUGAAGAGUUUAUGGAGGAUGACAUAUCUAACGAAUUUCAAGAGGACGAUCUGGAUGCUUUACUCCUAGAAGACAAACUUGAAUGA